AUGAGAACUAGUUACAUGCAGAACGCUACUGUGACCACGUUAAGGCAGAAGUACUGGAUCCCAGCUACCAGUCAGUGUGUAAAAUCUAUCCUCUGGAAAUAUACAAUAUGCAAUCGAAUACAAGGAAACCCGUAUAGAAUAGCAGAUCCACCACCAUUACCAAACAUUAGAGUAGCAGAGUCUCCACCUUUUACUGUAACUGAAAAUGCCUACAUAGGUGUGCUAUACGUAAGAUACCAUUCCAGAAACAUGAUAAAAACUAAUAUCUGUUUGUCCACAUGUGUCAUGUCUCGAGCCUUACACUUAGAGAUUGAACCAGACCUGUCCAAAGAGUCAUUCCUUCUAGCCUUAAAGCGUUUCGUGAGCCGCAGAUCAGUUCCGGGGGUUAUGAUGUUAGACAAUGCUACAGCGUCAGAAAGCUUGAAAGAUAUUUUACAGUCAACUCAAAUCAGAGAAGCGUUAAGCAGAAAGGGCACAGAUUGGAAUUUCAUUCCCAGACGAGCACCAUGGUAUGGAGGAUAA